AUGCUAUUUCGAAGAUGGGCAGGAAGUGUUCUCUUUAACCGCCACCGCAGCCGUCGUGGUUCUGUACGUGCACUGGAGGAAUUGAGAAAAAUGGCCAUAUUGGAAGCCGCGGCUGACAAACCCACAUAUGAACGCGCUGUUGGGAAUUCCUCCUCCUCUUCUUCUUCUCUUUCUUCUUCCCUAAUAUCAUCAACGAUAUCAUCAUCAUCGAGAGGAAAUACGGCUGCUUUACAGUCGUUGGAGGAGGCGGUGGAGGCGACACGUGUUCGUCUCUCCACCACUGGAGGCCGCAGCGGCAGUGUUGUUACUUUCACUUCUUCAUCUUCUUCAUCUUCUGCAUUGCGGGCGAACUCACUGAGUCACUUCAUGUCGGAGUGUCGACGACUGCGACGGGAAAUUGGUGAGGCACGUGAGGCUCAAAAUCGUCGUUUUCUUCGCGAAUCCCUUCGUACGUUUUGGACGGAAAACGCGGAUGCGGCGCUUACGUGUUGUGCGUUGCUGCGCGGGAGGGACUUUGGGUUUGUUGCCGGCUUUGGACUCGUGGAUGAUGACUUGCAUGUUGGAUUUGCAUCUCUGCAGCUGGCCCUGCAUUGUGUUAUGCAGGAGAAGAGUACCUGUUCCUGUAUGGAUAUGAUGCUUUCUCUACACUACAUGGCACGGGAACUGGAUUAUCUCGAGAAGAGAGGAAGAAAGGGAAAUACUCUGCGAGAAUCUAAUAAACAUCCAUGGAAACAACAAGGACAAGAGAGAGAAGAAGAUGCCAUGAAGAAUAAGAAGAAGGAGUCAAAAGAGUGUAUUAACAAAACUGGGAAUGAGGAUGGUUUUUCUUAUGUAAAUCCAGGGACAAUGGAAAUAACUUUAGAAGAGUUUUUAAAAUUUAGACGAGUACUUACUACACUUGGUAUGGAACGUAUUCAUUUCUUCUUUCUUGAACGUGGAACUUCUGGACGAGUAUUGGGAUCUGCAGAAGAUGCUCUGCAUGCACUUGAGUUUUUAGCACUUGUGAAGGUUCGUGAUGCGGAUGAAACUGCACGUGUUCUUGUUGAAGACAGAGGAGAACGUUUGUGUAGUUCUGGUAAUCAGUAUAUCGUAACAUCUCUUUUUCGGCAUAUAUCUAAUAACUACAGAGAACUGAAAUUUACCUCUAUUGUUCAUACCUUUCGGCUUUUACGUGUAUUUCUUCCUAUAUUAUGUCCACCUCCACCAGAGGAAAGAUCAUGUGAAGAUCCCACCAAUCUUAUCUCGAGAUCUAAACCCAUGAUGAAUAGUGUACAUACAUUUAACUCUGGGGCCGCACAGUUUAUGCAUGGGAGUCGUGAAUCUCGAGAGUGGAAGACACAGCGGGAAACAGUAGAUCGUAUUUUAUGGAAAUUAUGUGUGGGAAUGCAGCGAAAAGAUUCUUUUUUUGUGAAUCCAUUUCAUUUUGUGCAAAUCAUGGCAACACUCUCACGUAUUCCACCACACCUACUCUCUCGCGUACCACGACCCAAACGUCAAACCCUUCGAGGUUUUGAAACUCUUCUAACAGGAAACCUCUCAGAAUCAUCAUUAUCAGCAACAACAACAACAACAACAACAACAACAAUAGAGGAAGAAGAAGAAGAAGAAGAGAGAAAAGAAGGCGGGAGAUCAAACUCUAUAGAUGGAAGGACUCCACAGAUAACGGAAGAAGUGUGGGAGUAUAUGGUAGCCAAGGCUUGUAUCUUUAUUCCAAGUCUUACAUCAGCUCAACGACGUCGUGUUUGUUCUGGUCUGAGAAUAGCCAUUCUUUCACGUGAAAACUGUUUUGCCCGCAACUCGCAGGAAAGUGGGAAGGAGACUUCUUCACUCUCUCCUGCAGAGAAACUUCUUUUGCCGAUGGUGCAUGAGUUGUGCCAAUACCCGGAGGAUUAUCAAGUGGCGAUGCUCAAUCGUUUGCCAGGGAAACAGGACUAG